GCAUCUAACUUGAUCCCGGUGUGAACCGGACCCUGAUGCGGAUCCCGGACUCCGCAGGACUUACACGGGAUUUGUUGAGUAAACGGAGCCGCUGCUGCUUUUCGUCUCAGGUCGUUGUGGUCACAGACUGGUGAUGGGUCACAGGUUUGACCUCGGGGCUCGGCGACCCCGUGCCAUCCAGGCCACGCCCCCGCUGCUGCUGCUGCUGCUGCUGCUGCUCCUCCCCCUGCUGGUGACGGUGCUGGCGGAGGGCGGAGACUAUUAUGAGCUGUUAGGAGCCAACAGAGAGGCCACGACCAGAGAGAUACGACAGGCCUUUAAGAAGCUGGCGCUGACCAUGCACCCUGACAAGAACCCUGGCGACGCCUCGGCCCACGACAGGUUCCUCAAGGUGAACCGAGCGUACGAGGUUCUGAAGGACCAAGACCUGCGCAAGAAAUACGACAAAUACGGAGAGAAGGGAUUAGACGAGCAGCAGGGAGGACGCUACGAGAGCUGGAACUUCUACCGCUACGACUUUGGUAUCUAUGACGACGACCUGGAGAUCAUCACUCUGGACAGCGGUGACUUCGAGGCGGCAGUGAACUCUGGAGAAAUCUGGUUCAUCAACUUCUACUCACCACGGUGUUCACACUGUCACCAGCUCGCUCCCACGUGGAGGGACUUUGCUAAGGAGAUGGACGGCGUGAUCCGGAUCGGAGCGGUCAACUGUGGAGACAACAACCACCUGUGCAGGAGGAGGGGCAUCAACAGUUACCCCAGUCUCUAUCUGUUCAAAGCUGCACAGAAACCAGAGAAGUUCCACGGUGAUCGCUCUAAAGACGAGCUCGUGCGAUUCACCAUGAAGUUCAUCACCACCGCCGUCACCCGUCUGUGGCAGGGUAACGUGUUUGCUGAGGUGGAGACCGCGUUCUCGUCAGGGAUCGGCUGGAUCAUCACCUUCUGCUCUGACACCGGAGACUGUCUGGAGCCCAGAACGAGACAGAAGUUGGCAGGAAUGUUGGAUGGUCUGGUGAAGGUUGGAUGGAUGGACUGCGUCACAGAGGAGCAGCUCUGUCACAGUUUCCAGGUGAACGGUGGAGCCACAGCUUUGUUUCCCCCUGAAAGUUCUCUGGAUCUUCAGGGCAGCGUUCUGUGGCUGAAAACUCUGGACAGUAAAGAGAUUUACACUCAGGUCAUAGAACAUCUGCCUGAUCUGGAGCUGCUGACCACUCACAGUUUCCAGAGUAAACUGUCUCAUCAUCGCUGGUUGGUCAGUUUUACAUUUGGACACAGAAGCAGCUCCAACGACUACAAGAAGCUGCAGGCGCGUCUCAGAGACGACCACAUACAGGUUGGCAGAGUGGACUGUCUCACAGACUCUCAGCUGUGUCAGUCUCUUUACAUCCAAAAACCUUGUGUGGCUGUUUUUAAAGGACUGGGAAUCCACGACUUUGAGAUCCACCACGGUAAAGACGUGUUGUAUAACAUCGUGGCUUUUGCGAAGGACAGUGUUGGCGCUCAUGUGACCACGCUGAGACCUGAUAACUUCCCCUCUGACAGGAAGGAGCCGUGGCUCGUCGACUUCUUCGCUCCGUGGUGUCCUCCCUGCAGAGCUUUACUGCCUGAACUGAGAAAAGCUUCCAUCCAGCUGGCUGGACAGAUGAAGUUUGGGACUCUGGACUGCACCAUUCACCACAACCUCUGCUCCAUGUAUAAAAUCCAGGCGUAUCCAACCACCGUCAUCUUUAACGGCUCCUCUGUCCACGAGUAUGAGGGACAGCACUCGGCUGACGGCAUCCUGGAGUUCAUACAGGAUCUGGUCAGUCCCUCUGUGGUCAUCCUGGAUCCGUCCAGCUUCAAAGACAGAGUCAGAGGACGUGCUGAGGGACAGGUCUGGGCUGUGGACUUCUACGCCCCCUGGUGUGGACCAUGUCAGGCUCUGAUGCCUGAGUGGAGACGCAUGGCCAGGAUGCUGUCGGGUCAGAUCCUGGUGGGUUCUGUGGACUGUCAGAGGUUCCAGUCGUUCUGUCAGAGUCAGGGUGUGAGGGCGUAUCCUGAGGUCAGGCUGUAUCCUAGCAACACACCACGGACUGACCACUACAUGAGUUACAAUGGUUGGCACAGAGACGCUCACUCACUGAGGACAUGGGCUCUGAGUUCUUUACCCUCUGCAGUGGAGGACCUGACUCCAGACUCGUUCAGGUCUCAGGUUCUGUCAGGUCAGGAUCACUGGGUCGUGGACUUCUACGCCCCCUGGUGUGGACCGUGUCAACACUUUGCUCCAGAGUUUGAGGUCCUGUCUCAGAUUGUUAAAGGAGAGAUUCGAGCAGGAAAGGUCGACUGUCAGGCUCAUCAUCAGACCUGUCAAUCAGCUGGAAUCAACGCCUACCCCACUGUCAGGUUCUACCCACACCUGGGGACGAGGCGGCAUGAACACAGUGGCGAGCACAUCAAUAGCCGCGAUGCUAACGUGAUCGCCGACACCAUGAGGCAGCGGCUGCAGCGGCUGUUGCCACGGUUACACAGCAAAGCAAAGGACGAGCUGUGACAUCACCGCUGUGACAUCACCGCUGUCGUCUGGUUGGUGGAUGGGAUCACGAUCGGUCGCUGUGGUAACAAACAAACAAACAAACAAACACACUCCUUGAUGAAAGUCAGCUGUGACGCAGACGGAUGUUAGCGCUGCUGUGAUGAUGAUGAUGAUGAUGAUGAUGAUGAUGAAGAAUGUUUGUGUUUUCUCGUUUCCAUCGUUUCUAUUUACUCUAUGAAGUAAAACUGUGGGACGCUGCACAUGUUACUGUCUCACACACACACACACACACACACACACACACACACACGUGACCCAGUGUUGUAUUUUAUUGUUUUAUGUCAAAACUGUUGGACCUUCAGAAUAAAACGCUUUUGUUUCUGUAAUAAAACAGUUUUUCAACGAAAA